AUGGGAAGGUGCAAGUUAAGAAGAGCUGUUGCUGAUUCAUGAGGGAAAGAUUAUUUGGCAACUAGCCAUCUGUCCUUCGGGCAUUUAUUACUUCGUCUCCAAACCCACUUCCUCUUUCUUGGCGGUGCACUCUCUGCUUUGUCCCUCGUUACCGCCAUCCUCUUUUCUCUCCUCCAUGCUACAAGAACGGCCUAGACUCACGUAGAAGAUGGAUCAGAGAGCACCAGACAAGGAGCCGUCUCUCGGUCAAAUCAAAUCCUCCCUCGGUGGAUCAUCAACCAGCACAUCUGCUCCUCCUUCUAAGUUGGCCUUCUCUUGAGAGCCUAUACUGAAAAGAAGAUGAGCCAGGAAAAGUAAAUCACGGUGGCAAGCCCUUGAGAAGUCCCACGUGAUGUCGAGGGCAGUGAAAGAGGCUCCGGUUUGUCAGAGUAUUGAGAGCAACGGGUACAGCUGCUGGUCAGUAUUGAAAUCUCGUGACACGGAGAAAUUCGACAUCCUAAAUAGGAGUCAGCUGAGUGGCCCUUCCUUUGCAGAAACAAGGUUGGCGAAGAAGGACAUGGAUCAUCUCGUGGAUAGAAAUGACGAAGAUUUACGAGUCCCUGAGUUGAUGAUCUGCUACGGGGAGAGCUCUUUCCUUAAAGUCAAGGACAUCUGCAUUGAUGAAGGCGUUGAUUCUCAUGAAAAUCUCAUGUCUGAAACUGACAGGCACAAAGGCCCCGGUAACAAUUUUCUUGGUGGCAAGGAUAAGGAGAGCAAUUUAUCAUAUGGACGGAUCGAUGAUCAUUUCUCCACUGCAAACUGUUUGAACUGUUCAGAAUAUCAUUACUUUGAGAAUGCUGUUAAGCCACGUGUUCCAGCAAAUUUAGUACCGACUGAAAUAACGGCAGAUGACGUUGCGGAUGCCAAGUCCAAAGCGAAAGAUGUAGCCUCGGAAAUUCUACUCUGCAAUUCAUCUGAUAAUGUCUGCAACGGAAUCGGACUUCCUUCUUCUAAGGAGUCAUACUCAGAACAGAUGACAGAUGCCGCCGCUUUGACAUCGGCAAGUGAAGUAAUUCAAGGUAGCUUGGAAGAUGCAAGUGCAACCUCUGGCUACCCCUCUUCAGCUUCUAAUUCAAAAGAUUCUCUGAACCACAGCCACAUCGAGAAAGUGCCGGAUAAUUGCAAAGCCAACCAAAUGUCUUGCCCUCCCGUUUCCAGAGGAACCAAGGACGCUCGCCAAGCUAACAAGGCAGAACGCAGAAGCACUCCCUCCGACUCCAAUGCUUCAGCCCCUGCAUCGACGAGUGGAGAGGAAAUUCUUACCACGGAGACUCGAAAUAAGAUGAAACAUGACGGGGUUUCCGAUAGUCAAACAGAGCGUCUGGCUGAUACUUUUAGCGGGGAAUCGAGUUUCUCAAUGGCAGGCCCCGUAUCCAGCCUCAUAACUUACUCUGGGCCCAUCGCAUAUUCAGGCAACCUUUCACUAAGAUCCGACGGCAGCACAACCAGCACCAGAUCCUUCGCCUUCCCUGUGUAAACAUAGCCUACAAAUUGCACAACGAAUGGAACAGCAGUCCUGUGAGAAUGGCAAAAGCCGAUCGGAGGAUCUUCCGGAGGCACAGGGGCUGGAGGCAUGGACUUCUCUGCUGUAGAUUCUGAAAAGAUUAUUACGUUUUUUGAGGUUUGCUUGUAGAUACAAUAUGUUCACCACUGUCUUUUGUUUGUCCCUUUGCUUGUCCACUUGGGAUAUCAACAUUGAUUUGGCGGGACUUUUAGUCCAUGCUUUUGAGUUUGGGCUGCUGCUGGGCUGAGAUGUAGAAGAUCAUGUCUAGGCUGAAUUCUUUUUGGUCUUUCAGGUGUCCUUUUUUCAUCAGUGAUUUAUUGAUCAAUCUAGAGAGCAAGUUCUCCUUCUCUAA